AUGAGUCUUUCAGAGAGCACGAUACCCCUAGAUGACGAGUACCGAGAUACUCUGGAGUACUGUGGUCGCACAUUCCACAAGUAUUCGUUGGAAACUGGCACAUACUUUGCGCCUGUGGACGAGGAAGAGAUCGAGCGGUUGGAGCUGAUGCACAAUGUCCUGUCGAAAGUGUUCGAUAAUAGGCUCAUCUUCCCACCCAUGGUCACCCAAAGAAAGAUUCUCGACUGCGGUUGCGGUGCUGCGAACUGGGCCGUCGAUGUGGCCGAACAAUAUCCCGACUGUGAGGUAUGUGGCGAUGGUGCCGAUAUGACGUUGUUCAGAGUCUGA